AUGGUAGUGCCGGCGUGGAUCGCAUGUUCAGCGUUGUUGGAAUCCUACUCAUCUCCCUCGCCAACCACUCCGUCCCCCUUCGAAUCUAAUUCAUCGCCUUACACAAUGAGCAAUCAAUCAUAUGGGUAUGUCGGCCCGACAUUCGGGUACCUCACUAGCCGGCAGGGAAUCGUCCUCAGCGUCUUUAGCACUACUGCGUCCAUGGCCUCACUGGUCUUUCCAACGCCACCGUUAACUCUUGGCCCAUGGUCGUCAUCUCUGACUCUUGCAAUCAAAAAGACUCUGGCCACGACGAUUUUCAAGAGCUCGAUCAAAUCACAUCGGUUAAACCCUUCUCGAGAUUUGCCACAGAAACCACUGAUAUCAAACUUAUCUCUAAUUGUAUUUUCGAAGUUAUUCACUAGGCCAAAUUGGGCCGACUUGGUGGGUGUUACUUAG